AUGGCCCUGCUCCACUACACCUUCGACCAACUCGAUUUGUACUUAAAGUGGGCUUUCACCCAUUAUGGGGAGGCCACCCCGAGCACGGCGCUCCAGCCGGUUCCCGGCGUCGUUGUCGGUGAUCUCAGCCAGCUGAAUGGCUUCAAGCGGAACGCCUUCUCCGCCGUGGUGGGCACUCUAUUUGUCCUGGCCUUCUCCGGGAAUCUGGGCACCCUCUAUGUCAACACGCGCCGAAAGCUGCGACCCUUCUUCAGAGCCUGCCUCAUAUCACUGGCCUGCAGUGAUCUCGUCUCCAGUGUCUUCUGCACUAUCUCUUAUAUGGCCCAGUUCCAGGCGGAGUACCUCCAGCUUUGGACAAUUGGCGGCUUCAUGUGCAACUUUGUGCCGUUCAUAACGACCACCUCGGUGCUUUCCGGCAGUUUGACCCUGGUGGCCAUUGCCCUGGAUCGCUACUUGGCUAUUAUGCGACCCGUGCUGGGAUUCUGGAAUCCGGACAUUCGCUUCAGCAGCCUGUGCAUGCUGCUCAUCUGGGCCUGUUCGAUUGGCGCCUCUGGACCGCUUCUUGGGAUCUACGAGUACAAGAGAAUCUGUCUGCUGGGUGUGGAAAAUGACUCUUCCGAGGAAAGCGCGGAAGUGCCAACGGCUGUGCCCGAGGAACUGGUGAUCACUCAAUUGGAAAUGGUCCACAUGUGCCUGGCCGGAGACCACGAUGUCGGACUCUACUACGUCAUACUGUUCACCCUGAUUUUUCUGCCCUGCAUAGUGUCCUUCGUGUGGUUGAAUGCGGUGAUAGCGAGGCAACUGUGGCUGCGGAGGCACUACCACCAGGAGCAGCAGGUGCAGGAGCAGGAGCCAAAGGAGGGUCAGUUCAAGGCGAUGUCGAGUGGGGGGGAUCUCCUGAUGCCCUCCACUUUGGUCAGUGCCAUGGGUGUGGCCUUGCCCUUUGCCUUGGAGAAGUCACCGCAGCUGCCGGCGAAGAGUCCUCGGAAGGAUCCGGAGAAGAGGACCACGGCGGCUGCGUUGGCCAGGGAGGCCAGGCAUCGCAGGAUGGUGGUGGUGGUGCUCCUGAUGAUGGCGGUCUUUAUCUGCCUCCGACUGCCCGCCUGGGUCUUCCUAAUCAUGCGACUGUAUGGAUCCUACUCCGAACCCAUUGACUGGCUGCUGUACUUCAGUUUCGGCAUACUAAACCUGUUUAGCUGUGCGUUAAAUCCCAUUUUCUACACCUUCCUAACACAAACCAUAAGGACUGUAUCGCUGGUGAAGCAAAAGGUGCGGGGAUUCCUGGGCUGUGGUCCGAGUAAAGUUCAGGAUGCCAUGCCCACGGAUCAGAUGGACAGAAGCCGGUGCUGCUGCGGCCUCCGACCCCCGACUUUCACUUGGAGAUGUUAUCCCACCCGGGAUAUGGCAGGCACCACUGUUAUCCGGGAUGUGGACCCAGCGGAUCAACAGCCGGAUCCCAGUAGCCUACGGCGAUUCCUCAGCCUGAAGGGGGAGGUGUUCACCAUUUACAAGCAGUGCGAUGACUCGUCGAGUGCGUCAAUCGAGUCCUCCGCCUGA